CUAGAGAAGGAGCCACCGGAUAGCCGUUAGUGAAGAGCCACGGUCGGAAGCACCACGCAGGGAUUCAUCUAUGGAUUGGAAAGAGGUGCUACGGCGACGGUUAGCAGUCCCAAAUUGUGAGUGCGAGAAGUUAGACAGACACGGAGAAGGCGGGAAGUGGGAGCGGGAAGGUCGCCUUCUGGUGGUCCUCGGGGAGCAGCCGCGAAAGGAGGCAAAAAAAAAUGAAAAAGAACUUAAAGAGGAAGAAAUGGAUCUGUUUACAAAAUACUACACAGAAUGGAAAGGAGGUAGAAAAAUUGCAAAUGCAUUCUACAAAUCUAUUCCACGAUUUUAUUAUAGGCUCCCAGCUGAAGACGAAGUUUUAUUGCAGAAAUUAAGAGAAGAGUCUAGAGCUGUUUUUCUGCAAAGGAAAAGUAGGGAACUGUUAGACAAUGAAGAAUUACAGAAUUUAUGGUUUCUACUGGACAAACACCAGACACCACCUAUGAUUGGGGAGGAAGCAAUGAUCAAUUAUGAAAACUUUUUGAAAGUUGGAGAAAAAUCUGGACCAAAGUGCAAGCAGUUCUUUAUGGCAAAAGUUUUUGCUAAACUUAUUCACACAGAUCCCUAUGGAAGAAUAUCUAUCAUGCAGUUCUUUAAUUAUGUUAUGAGAAAAGUGUGGCUCCACCAAACAAGAAUAGGGCUUAGUUUAUAUGAUGUGGCUGGCCAAGGUUACCUUCGCGAAUCAGAUUUAGAAAACUACAUAUUAGAACUUAUCCCCACUCUGCCACAGUUAGAUGGACUAGAAAAAUCCUUUUAUUCCUUUUAUGUCUGCACUGCAGUUAGGAAGUUCUUCUUCUUCUUAGAUCCUCUGAGAACAGGAAAGAUAAAAAUACAAGAUAUUUUAGCAUGCAGCUUCUUAGAUGAUUUACUAGAGCUUAGGGAUGAAGAACUUUCCAAGGAAAGUCAAGAAACAAAUUGGUUUUCUGCUCCUUCUGCUUUGCGGGUUUAUGGCCAAUACCUGAAUCUUGAUAAAGACCACAAUGGAAUGCUCAGCAAAGAAGAACUCUCCCGAUAUGGAACAGCAACUAUGACCAAUGUCUUCCUUGAUCGUGUCUUCCAAGAGUGCCUUACUUAUGAUGGAGAAAUGGAUUAUAAAACCUAUCUAGACUUUGUGCUUGCAUUAGAAAACCGAAAAGAACCUGCUGCAUUGCAAUAUAUUUUCAAAUUGCUUGAUAUAGAGAACAGAGGAUACCUGAAUGUCUUUUCCCUUAAUUAUUUCUUCAGGGCUAUACAAGAAUUAAUGAAAAUCCAUGGACAAGAUCCUGUCUCAUUUCAAGAUGUUAAGGAUGAAAUUUUUGACAUGGUGAAACCUAAGGAUCCCUUGAAAAUAUCCCUUCAAGAUUUAAUCAGCAGUAAUCAAGGAGACACUGUCACUACCAUCCUAAUUGAUCUGAAUGGCUUCUGGACUUAUGAGAACAGAGAGGCUCUUGUUGCAAAUGAUAAUGAAAACACUGCAGACCUAGAGGACACAUGAUCUUUAAAAGACUUAACUGACUCCAUUGAGACAUGCUUGAAUACUGUAUAAUCAUUAAAAAAAAAUUAAUAAAUUGUAAGAGCACAAUUAAAAUAUUCAUAUACCUAUAGAAA